AUGAAGAAAGCCUACGACGUGAUAAUAGUUGGUGCUGGACACAAUGGUCUUGUUACCUCGGCUUAUUUAGCUCGGCAAGGUUUACGAGUACUUGUUUGUGAAAAACGAUCAAUUAUCGGGGGUGCUGCAUGUACAGAAGAAAUAGUUAAAGGUUUUAAAUUUUCUCGUGCAUCUUAUUUAUUAAGUUUAUUUCGUCAGAAAAUUAUUGAUGAUUUAAAUUUACAUGAACACGGCUUGAAAUAUUAUUUUCGUGAUCCUGUUUCAUAUACGCCCAUAAAGAAUCCGAUUAAUAAUAAUCAACGUUCAUUAUUAUUAUCAUCAUCGAAUAAUGAAUUUAACAAGAAACAAAUUGCUCAAUUUUCAGUAAAAGAUGCAGUAAACUAUCAGUACUAUGAAGAAUGGCUAACAAAAAUAUGUCGAGCCAUUGACAAACUUAUUUAUUCACUACCACCUGAUCUUAAUCAAAUGAAUCAAAAUUCUAAAAUGUCCGAUCGUUUUCGUGCUUACAAUUAUUCAUUGAAAAUUUUUUAUGAUUUAUUUAAAAAACUUGGCUUCAAUGGUUCUUUAGAUCUAUAUCAAUUAUUAACUUCAUCGGCUGGUCGAAUAUUAGAUAAAUGGUUUGAAUCCGAUAUUAUGAAAGCUACAUUAGCUACAGAUGGUCUUAUAGGUACUAUGCUUGGUCCAUAUGAUAGCGGUACCGGCUAUGUUUUACUUCAUCAUGUCAUGGGUGACUUAGGUGGACGAGCUAAUGCUUGGUAUUACGUUCAAGGUGGGAUGGGUGGUAUAAGUAAUGCUAUAGCUUCAUCAGCACGGUCCUCAGGUGUUGAAAUACGUACAGAUUGUAAUGUUAAUCAUAUAGAUAUACGUAAUGCAAAAGUAGAAGGUGUCAUACUUGAAAAUGGAGAAGAAAUAAGAGGAAAACUUGUGGCUUCAAAUGCAACAGCUUAUGUUACAUUUAAAAAUUUAAUUUUAAAUGAUGUUAUUAACACAAAUAAAGAUUUAGGUGAAUUAAAAAAACAUAUAUUACAAUCGGAUUAUAAAAGUGGUACAACAAAAAUAAAUCUUGCUCUAUCAGGGCUACCAAAUUUUCUCGCUAAUCCCAAUAAAAAGCCGAAUGAACUUGAACCUCAUCAUCAAUGUACAAUACACAUCAAUAGCGAGUCAAUGUCUAAUCUACAAAAUGCUUAUCAACAAGCAUUAAAUGGACAACCAAGUCAAAAUCCAUUGAUUGAAAUGGUUAUUCCUUCUUCACUUGAUCCAACAUUAGCUCCAAAAAAUUGCCAUGUAGCUUUACUAUUUACUCAGUAUACACCUUAUCGUUUAUCGAAUGAUAAACAAAUUGAAAUAACGCAGGAAUAUAAAGAAAACUAUUAUCGAAGUGUGAUUAAUUCGAUCGAACAAUAUGCACCGGGUUUUGAAAAGCUUAUUAUUGGACGUGAUAUGCUGUUUCCAUCGGACUUAGAAGAACAAUUUUCAUUAACAGGUGGAAAUAUUUUUCAUGGUGCACUUUCACUUGAUCAAAUGUAUUCAUUUCGACCAGCGAUAUCAUGUUCAAACCAUCGAACACCUAUUAAUGGUCUUUAUCUAUGCGGAAGUUCAACUCACCCAGGAGGAGGAGUUACUGGUAUGCCAGGUUUCAAUGCAGCAACAAUAAUGCUUCAGGACUGGCAACGUAAAAGACAUUUAUUCAAGUGA